AUGUCCGACGUUGAAGAAGCAUACAACGAAGCUCCAGAAAACUUCGAGGACUUUGAUGCGCCAGACCACUUCUCCGACGAUGACUUCGCCGAACCCGAGCCUUCUGCAGCUCGUAACGGUGAAGAUACCGAGAUGAAGGCUGAAGAUGGAAGAACUAUUGUCAACGGUGGUUACAGCGAAGCUGACGCUCAGAUCCGUGUGAAAACCGCCAAAGAGUUGUCUAUCCCAAAGGAGGACCGUACAACCACGCCAUACAUGACCAAGUACGAGCGUGCCAGAGUGUUGGGUACUCGUGCAUUGCAAAUUUCAUUGAAUGCACCAGUUUUGGUAGACAUUGAGGGAGAAACCGAUCCUUUGCAGAUCGCCAUGAAGGAGUUGACACAGAGAAGAAUUCCGUUGGUUAUCCGCAGAUAUUUGCCCGAUGGAUCCUACGAGGACUGGGGAUGUGAUGAGUUGAUCAUCGACAAUUAA